GAGGUCAUCUCAGAAAUUUCCCGCCGUCGACCUCCCGUCGUCGCACAAGCAAGCGCAGCCGCACAACAAGCACCAACACAACAAGCACCAUGGCCGCUAUCGCCGCGCCCGUUCUAAUCGACCUGACCGACCGCGCCGACGCGCUGCCGCCGGCCCACAAGUUCCGCCAGCCCCCCACCAAGCCCACAGCGUGGGAGCUGCGCGUGGAGGCGGCCAACAAGGCCCGCGACGCCAUCCUCGCGCGCAAGAUCAGCAAGGCCGAGGCCAUGCGCACGCUCAAGCACGAGCCGCCGGCGCCGCCGGCCGCCGCGCUCCUCCAGAAGCUCCUCGACCGGCUCCAGUCGGCCGAGGUCCGCCGCGACGUGGAGUUGGAGUCCAUCAAGUACAAGGCCAAGGCCAUGGCCGCGCCCCGCAAGCCCGUCGCCGUCGACGCGGCCAAGCUCGCCGCCGAGCUCCAGGCCAAGCUCGAGGCCGCGGACCAGCGCCGCCGCGCCUGUUUAGCGGAGAAGGUCGAGAAGGCCACCUCCACGUCGCCGCCCAAGACGCCGCCCAAGCCCAAGGCGCCCUGCCUCCAGGAGAAGCUCGACGCCGCGUCGGCGCGCCGCCAGCUCUUCCUCGACGAGCGCGUCACGAAAGCGUCGGACAUGGCCUCGCCGUCCAAGGCGCCGAAGCCGGCGCCCGAGGCCCUCAAGGCCGCCCACGACGCGACGCUCGCCGACGCCGGCGCGCGCCACGAUCAUGAAAUCGAGCAGCGCGUCGCCAAGGCGCACGUCGCGUCGGCGAAGGUCGCGCGCGCGGAGCAGAAGCGCGAGGCGCUCGUCGAGCGCGCGAAGGUCGAGCUGCGCGAGAAGAUGGCCGCCGCGGCGGAGCGCCGCGCCGCCGCGCUGCGCGUUGUUCAGGGCAAGGCCGCGACGGAGGAGAAGCUCCAGGCGGCCAAGGCGCGCAAGGCCGCGCUGGCCCAGGACGCGUCGGCCGCCGAGUGAUCGCGCGGCACUCCAAGACUUAAGCUCCCCCGCCCCCCGUCCCUGACGUGAGCGUGGCGUAACCUUUCUUAUUUUGA